AUGAAUGAUGAAAAUAUAAAUAACUUAAUACAAAAAAUUGGUCAUAACAUAAAUGAUAUUAGAGAUAGGUCUAUGAUAAUGCUCAUACAAAAAUAUGAAAAGAAUAUAAUCAAAGAUAUAGAUUUAAAAAAAAGAAAUUAUUUUUUUUAUAUGAUUCUUCAUUAUAUCAAUGACAGAAACGCAUUUAUAUCUUUAAAAAAUUUGAGAGAUAUAUUGUUAUUUUUAAGAUGUAUUAUAAAGGAUGAAGAUAUUAAAAAAAAAUUCGAACAUUUGGAUAUAAACAAGUUUAUUAAUGAAUUUCUAGUUCACUUUAAAAACAAUGAAGAAAAAUACAAAUCCAAUAAUUAUAUUCAGAGUAGGAAAAAUAUACCAAACGAUAAGGUACUAUCAUCAAAAGAUGAUAAGGAUAUUGAAAAAAGUAGUCAUCAGUAUGCUAUAGAAGAUAGUCAUAAGGAAUAUACUCAAGUGGUUCAUAUUUUGAAUGAACUCAAUAAUAUAUAUAAUAAUCUUACCAAUACAUGUAAUACAAUUGAUAAUAAUCUGCAAACUGAAAGGAAUAAAGAAGAUCAGAAUGAUAGUAUACAUCUAGAUAAUAUGACUAAUAACCCUAAUAAUAUUCUUUUAGAAUAUGAUACAUAUGAUGUGAUCGAACAAGAUUAUCAAACUCAUAGUGCAAUCAUUUAUAAUAACAAAGAGGAUAUAGAAGAAUAUACACCAAAAGAUAAGAUGUCAAAAAGUAAUACAUCAAAUAUCGAUAGUUAUGAUACAACCCAUAGGGGAAAUUAUCAAAAUAAUAAUAUAGAAAAAAAAAUGAAUAAUAUAUCCAAUGGAACUGAUUAUACAAAUUCAUCCAGGACUUUUAAAAUAAAUCCAAUGGAUGAAAAAGAAAUAGAAAAUAUUAAUCAAAUAAUGAAAAAAAAUAAUUAUAUUAAUAUAUUUACAAAAAAUAAUUAUUUAUGUACUGAUGACUUUGAAUAUUAUAAUACUUUAUAUAUUCUUAAAAAUCAAAUAUACCAAUAUAGUAUUCAUUUAUUAUUUAAUUAUAAAAAAUAUAAAACAAAUAAAAUAAAAGCAGAUAACUCUUUGAUAUAUACAAUGAAAAAAGACACAGAACAAAAUAUGUAUGAAGAUAUGGAAUGCAUAAAUAAUAGAUAUAUAUUUUCCUACUUAUAUAAUUUUUUUGAUAACUUUGAAAUGUUUAAAAAAAAUUUCUUAGACAUAAAUAAUAUAAUGAAUGAUGAUAAACAUAUUCUUCUGGAUAAUACUCUAGAUAAAUAUCAAAGAAACGAUAAAUUAACAAGUAAUAAUAAUUCAAUAAUAAAAGAGACAAGUAAUAAUUCUGUAGAUGUAUCAUGCACAGGUAUAGAAAAAAAAAAAAUAAAAAAUAAUAAUAGUAAUAAUAAUAAUAAUAAUAAUAAUAAUAAUAGUAAUAAUAAUAAUAAUAAUAAUAAUAAUAAUAAUCAUAUUCAUUCUAAAAAUAUAUUCAGUUAUCCAACUACACAGGAGAAAUAUAAAAAUGUAAAUAUAUAUUUAUAUAAUAAAAAUAUAUAUUACAAAAUUAACAAUUUUAUCAAUAAGAUAAAUAUCCUCUGUUAUCACACACAGAUAAAAUACAAUUAUAUAGAAUUUCUAGGUAUGAAUAUUAUAAAAAAAAAAAUUAGUGUUGAUGAUUUUAUAUAUAUGCAUAAAGAGAUACAUAAAAUAUUAAAUGAAUACAUAUAUAUAUUUAAUAAAGAUUUAUUUUUAUUUAAUUACAAAUUUUUAUAUACACUUUCAUAUAAUAUACAUUAUAUAUAUAAAAAUUAUAUAGAAAAUAAAAAUAAUAUAACCAAUGAUUUUUAUCAUAUUCAUAACAUUUUAAACAACUUAUCAUAUAUAAUAUAUAUUAUAGUAUAUAGUAUAUAUAUUAAUAUAAAUAAAGGAUGUCUUUGUAAUAGUAUAUGUAAUAUAUAUUUAAAUAAUUUUUUUUUUCUACUUUUACAAAAUCUAUUUUAUCUUUUAUUACUUUUUAAUAAUAAUAAUAAUUAUAUUAUAAAAAGUGAUGAAAAUAAUUAUUUCAAUUUUAUAUCAUCCAAUCAAGAUGAAAACCAAAAUGAUAUAUCUAAAUUUUUCAAAACAAAAGAAAAACAAAAUAUAAUUUUAUUAAAUAAUAUUAACAAUUUCUAUUUUAAUAAAUUAAAAAAAAAAGUUCAAGGUAAAGAUGAUCAUGAUUCAAAUAUGAUUAUUUAUCCAAACGAUAUAUAUCAAUAUUUAUUUGUAACAAAAAAUAGUUGCAUAUAUUUUUUUAAGUUCAUCAUUUUUUAUAUAUUAGAAAUAUUAAAAAAUAGUUAUUUCAAAAUAUAUCUUGUACGUAAAGAUUGCUCUACAUUAAAUUUCCCUCUAGACAAUUUUAUAAUUAUAUAUGAUUUCUUGUAUAAUAUAUUAAUUCAUUAUUUUAAUGAUAAUAAAAAAAUAAUUGAUCCACAUUUUCAAGUCUUUCUAAAUUAUAUUAAGGAAAUACAUAUGUAUGACAAAAUAAACAUUCAAAAGGAAAAUCAUAAAAAUGAUAUUGUGUAUAAUAAUAACAAUAUAAAUAGGAUAAAUAAAAAAAAUCAUAAUUUGAAAGAAAUAUUAAAAAAAGAUUAUCAUAUAAAAAAUGAUCCAUCGGAUGAAUAUUAUUCAAAUGUACAUAAACCUUCCUUACAUAUACACAAUUUAUCAUAUCAUUCAGAUGUAUCAAAAAAUAGUGGGUCAUCAAAUGAUUCCUAUUCAUAUACUGAUUCAAGAAAAGAAAUGAAUAGAUUUUCUACUAUUGAUUUCUUUUCUGAUAAAUCUCAUAUUUACAAAUAUACAUAUAAAUAUAGUAAAAAACAAAUAGAAAUAUUAAAAAUAUUAUGUAUAUUUAUUAAUUAUACUCCUGUAUCUUUUAUAUUAAUGAAAAAAAUAAACAUAAAAAUAGUACAUCUUCUUAAAUCGUUCUUAUUUGAUAUUACCUUGAAUAUAUAUAAUAAUGAGCUUUUGUACUUUUUGAAAAUUUUUUUUUUUUUCUACGAUAAUGAAGUGUAUAACCAGUAUAAUGAUUUAUUAUCAUAUUAUUAUGUAUUAGUUAAUAUGUUUUUUAUAGAUAUGGGUAAUGAUUCUAUGGACUAUGAUAAAACAUAUGAAACUACAAAUUAUCAUAAUGACAGUGAUAAAAAUGGAAGUAAUAAAAAUGAAAGUGAUAAAAAUGAAAGUAAUAAAAAUGGAAAUAAUAAAAAUGGAAGUAAUAAAAAUGGAAAUAAUAAAAAUGGAAGUAAUCAAAAUGAAAGUAAUCAAAAUGAAAGUAAUCAAAAUGAAAGUAAUCAAAAUGAUAGUAAUUAUAUUAAUAAUAACAUUGAUGAGGGGGAUAAAAUAAAUUAUCACAUACAAAAUUACAACAUGGACACUUUUAAUACACAUAAUAAUUCAAAUAAUAACAGCGAAUCAGAUAUAUUCACUUUUCUCAAUAUUUAUAAUAAUAUAUUUCAUUUCUUUUUCUUUUUACCUACCAACUAUUUUACCUUGAAUAAUUUCGUUGAUAAAUAUUUCAGCACACUUGAUGAAGAGGGAAAUAUCGACCAAAUGGGCAACACACCUAUGUUUACUAAUCACGACGAAAAAUGUGUAAAAAAUAAAAUAGAUGAUAUAAAUGGUAUAAAUUGUGUAGAUCACACAAAUCUUACAAAUCAUAUAAAUGAAUCACAUAUCAUAAACAAUUCCAAUAGCAUAUACAACUUUAAUAGUUCCUUAUAUCCAUUUUAUAGAUUUAAUAAGGAUAAUAAUAAAAAUGCUAAAGAAAUGUAUUGCCAACCCUUUCAUGUUAUAUUGUAUAAAAAAUUAAGACAAAAUAUAAAAUGUCCUGAUAAGAAUAAGGAUAUAAAAAGUGAUCAUGUAAUAAAUGAUGAUGUAAAAAAUGAUGAUGUAAUAAAUGAUGAUGUAAAAAGUGAUCAUGUAAAAAAUGAUGAUGUAAAAAGUGAUCAUGUCAAAAAUGAUGAUAUAAAAAAUGCUAUUUCUACAAGAAACGACUUUGCUAAAUUUUCCAAAAAAUUUAUUCAAAAUAUUAUCAAUGUAUUAAUAGAUAAUAAAUUAAAAGUUUUAUUUAAUAGUUUCCUUUUAUUAUCAUCAGAAUAUAAUUCUUUUACAAAUUAUAUCAAUAUAGAUAAUAAUAAAAUAAGUAAUAAUUAUCAAUAUAUAGUUUAUGCUUUAAAGGAUAUUAAUAAAAUGAAUAUAUUAAGAAUAAAUAAUCAUUUUCAAUAUAUUAAUUAUAAUAAUUUAACAGAUAUAAAAUAUAUCAAAUUGUUUAAGAAUUUUAUUUUACUUUUACAUAAUAUUAUUUCAAUAAUUUAUAGUUACAAUAAUGAACUUAUUUAUUUCUUUUUUAAUUUUGUUUUCGAUAUUAAUAACGAGCAAACGAAGCUUUUAUCGAAUGGUGGCAGGGAGAAUAAUAAUGAGCAACCUUUAAAUUAUAUAAAGAAUCAUGACAUUUUUUAUGAUGAACAAAAUGAUACAUGUUACAAAAAUGUAUAUCCUUUCGAUUACACUACAAAUAAAAAUAUAAGUAUAAAAAAUGGUCGCAAUGGUGAUAAUAAUGAUGAUAAUUAUGAUGAUAAUAAUGAUGAUCAUAAUGAUGAUAAUUAUGAUGAUAAUUAUGAUGAUAAUUAUGGUGAUAAUAAUAAUAAUCAUAAUAAUGAUCAUAAUAAUGAUCAUAAUGACGAUAAUUAUGAUGAUAAUAAUAAUAAUACCGGUUAUUAUUCCAGUUCAAAUAAAUAUCAUAAGCAAAAUGACAAAAAAAAAUAUAAUAUAUUAAAAAAUCAGGUAAAUGAAGGAAAUAAAUGCACAUAUAUGGAGAAUAUAAAGGAAAUACCAUUAAUUAGUAAAGAUGUAAAUAAAUAUAUAAAAAUGGAUCAAAAAUAUGAUAACACUCAAAAUACAACAAAUAAUUUAUACGAUAUACAAAAUAAAUUAUCAUAUAAUAUGGAAGAAUCUUCAUCUUCGAAUAUAUUUUUAACGUCUUAUCAAAUAAACGAAUUUAUUGAUAUUAUUUAUGAAAUAUGCAUAUAUAGUAAAAAAAAAGAUAUAAGAGAUUAUUACAUUGGUUAUAUAAUUGAAAAUGUUAGAAAUAAAUUAUCUGAUCUAUUGAAUAAUAUUAAAAAUAUUAAUAUAAUUAAUAAACAAAUAAAUAUUCUAUCUCAUAUUAAAAUGUUUUCUAGAAUUAUGUUGUUUUUAUUUUUUGUUAAAAAAAAAUACAUCAUAUUAUAUGAACAGUGUCUAUACAAUAAUUUGCACUAUUUAUAUGAACAUCAUUUUUAUCCAUCCUAUUUUAAUCAAGAAAAGGUGGAGCAUAUUUCUAUAAAUGAGGACAUCAUUAAACAGAAGAUUUUCUUUUAUGAGCACAUUUUCUUAAAUAUACACAAUGUAUAUUUCUAUUUGUUUCAAAAAAAAAAGAAAAAAAGAACUUUCUCUCUUAAAAUCUUUUGGAGAGCAUAUCAUAAUUUUCAGAUGAAAUUUAAUAAAGAACAAUUUAUAAAUGAAGAAGAUAAUGUGUCAAAAAAGGGUAAGGAGAGAAAUAUCUAUGAUGUUAAUUACAAAUCAAAGGAUGGAAUAAAUAUAUUCCAUAAUAAUAAUGUAAGUAAGGAUAAUGAUAUAGGUGUUGCCAAAAAAAAAGAUAAAAUACAAAAUUAUACUAAUAUAUUUAAAUAUUCCAGUGACUGGAAUUAUAAUACAAAUGUAUUAAAUAUUUAUAUAACAGAUUUUUUAAAUAAAGAAUGUAUUUAUGAUGAAAAAAUACUUAUGCAUAUGUUAUCAAACGUAUGUAUUCAUAGUAAAAAUGAAGAUGGCUCAUUACAACUAUUUAAUUAUAUUAUAAUAUAUAUACUAAGAAAUUGUACUACUUCUCAUAUAUACCAUGAUGAAGAAAAAAAAAAAAAUUAUGAAAGCUUCCUUCUUCUUAUUUAUAAUAAAGUAUUACAUUUGUAUUUUAAAUUAUUAAAAGAAAUUUUACUUAAAGAACAAACUAAUAUAUAUAAUAUUGAAAUCUUUAUAUAUCUCUUAAAAAUUAUAAUACUCCUACUUAUAACAAAUAAUAGAACUAGCAAUAUAUGUAAAAAAAUAUAUCAUUACAAAUACUUUUUUUUAUCACACAUAUAUUGUUUCUUUUUUUAUGAUAAUGAAAUUAUAAGAAUAUUGUCUUUUAGUUUAUCUUUUUAUUUAAUAUGUGAUGAAAAAAUAUUACUUUUAUACAAGUAUCGAAUAUUUCUCGAACCUUAUUUAUUCAUAUCAGAUAAAGAUAACUCCAAUAUAUAUAAACAUACAAAUCUCGACCAGGACAAAAAGGUAUAUAUCAAUAAACAAGCGGACUCACAUAUGAUUAAUAUACACAAAUUAUCUGUAGUAAAUGAAAAUUCACAACAUUUUAAAAAUUCUAUAAUCGAAGAAAUAAAUGUUAAUGAUUUAUGUGCAUAUAAGCCAUAUAGUGCCCACAAAAUUGAAGAACAUAAUAUUCAUAGUGAUAAUAAAUAUAAUGAUGAUAAUAAGAAUUAUAAAGAAAACAAAUACGUACAUGAUGAUACCUAUAAUUAUAAGAAUGUCAAUUCAAAAAUGAAUAUUAUCCAUAAUCUAUAUAAUAUGCAAUAUGUCAAAAAACACGAUGUAACAUUCUUUAACCUAAAUGUACAUGGAACAUAUAGAAAAAAAAAAAAAAAAAAAAAAGAUUUUGAGGGCAUUGGAAAUAAUGAUAUUCACACUAAUUUGAACAACUCUACACAGACAUCAUUUUAUAAUAUAGAAAACAAAAUUGUAUUUUUCGUUCCCUUAUGGUUAUAUAAAAAAUUACAAGGAAAUAAUUUUUUAUUCAUGAUUAAAAAAUUGAAGUCUUUUUUUUUUUUUACCACAAAGUUUAGUUAUUUACACAUGUUUCAUGAUACAACACAGAAUAAAAAAGAAAAGGAAUUAACAUUUUUUAAUGGAAUAUAUAAUAAUAAUAAUUUAUUUAUGUCAUUUUAUUUAUUUAUAAAUAAAUAUUUCUAUUUAUUAGUACAAAAUAUUAAUAAUGAUUCGAAUUCAAAAUCACAUUAUAUUUUAAAUAAUAAUAUAACACAUCCCUUCGAAAGUAAUAAUUACAAUACAUACAAAUCAACUUAUCAAAAUAUAAAUUAUGAAGAAAAAAUAUGUACUAAUAAACAUUCUUAUAUGUUUAUAAAUAUAAAGUGUUAUUCUAACAUAAAAGAAAAACAAGCAAAGCAUAAAUCAAAUAACAUAUCUAACAUAUUAGUACAAAUAAAGGAAUUCCCACCUAUAAAUGAUUCAACAUAUGAUAAUAUUAAUUUUGUAUAUAUAUAUAAUUUAAAACGUCUUUUUGAUUUUUUAAAUAUAUCCUAUAUACAGUUGAUAUGUAAAAAUAAAAAAAAUAAUAUACAUGGGGAAUAUGAAGAUGAAAAUGAUAAUUCCGAACAUACAAAAGAUAAUAAUAAUAAUAAUAAUAAUUAUAAUAAUUAUAAAAAUGAAUAUAAUAAUAUAAAAAAUGUAUCUGUAAAUUAUCAAAAAUAUGAUCAAGGACACCAUAAAAAAAAUGAAAAAAGAUAUAUUUAUGAUUUAUUCGACCAAGAUUAUAAUCCCAUAUUAGAAGUAAUAAAUUUUGUAUACACAGAAAUGUUUCCUUACACGAAUAAGUUAACCUUUUUCAUAUAUAAUAAAAUAAUAGAGAUCUAUAAAAAUCAAGAUAAUUAUGAUCAUAAUAACAAUGAACAUAAUAAUAAUUGUGGAGAAAAUGAAGACAUCAUUAUGCAUAAAUAUAUGAUAUUACUAGAAUAUUUUAUCUGUAUAUUAGAUAUGUGUCUAUAUAUACAUUUAUUAUUAAAACAUAAAGAAAAUAAAAUCUAUAUAUAUAAUAAUAUAAGAAAAUUUAAUUCCCAAAAUAUUGACUUAUGUCUUUUUAUCUAUAAAUUAUUAUAUAUAUCUGUUAAUACAAAUAUUUUAAAAAAUAUCAUUUCUAACUUUUCAUUAAACGUCAUUUAUAAUUUUUUACAAAAUAAUAAAAAUUAUUAUGUCGAAAUGAAAAAUAAUUAUUAUAAGAAUUAUGAUCAUUUUAUAAACAUUGAUUCAACUCCUGAAAAUCAGGAACAAAAUCAAAAUUAUGAAAAUGAGUUAUUAAUAAAAAAUGAAUUAUAUAAAAAGAAAAGAAAUGAACAAUCACAAAUAAAUAUAUCCAUAUUGGUUAAUUUUUUGUUUUUUCUCCUUUCAAAAUAUACUAAAAAUAAGAAGAAGAAAAAAAAUUAUAUAGAUAUCCCAUCAAACCAUUUGAGACAAUAUAAUAAUAAUAAUAAUAAUAUUUACUCAAAUAUAAUUAAUGUGUAUGAACUUGAAAAAGGUAUAGAUAUCGAAAAUGUGACAUUUCAAAACCAUGAAAAAGAAUAUCUUAAAAUCGAUAUAUUCUUCUUAAAAAAUAUUUUAUGUAUGUUACAUGUGUUUUUCACAAGAGGUAUUUAUUUAGAUAUCGAUAUGAUAAAUAAUGAUAUUUCUUAUAUGAACAUAAAUAUUCUUAUUCAACAUCAAUAUAAAUUAUUUUUGACCAAACAAAAUAUAAAUAUUUUAAAAAAAAAAAUAAAAAAUAAAAAAAGUAAAAAUAAUAAUAAUAAUAAUAAAUAUAACAAUGACAAUAAUAAUAAUAUAAACACGUUUGGUUGUAAUAUUACAUCGUCAAAUCACAAUUUCUAUAGUGAUAACUCUUUUUAUAAUUUAGCAACAAAUCAAAAAUCUAUUAAUCAUCCACAAAAUAUAAAUGAUAUAAAUUAUAUUAACAAUAUUACAAAUAAUGAUAUUAAAUAUUUAGACAUUUUCAAAAUUUUUUUUUUAAAUAAUUAUAUGAAAAUAUUUAUCAACUUUUGUAAUAUCUAUAAUGAUAUAAUUAUUGAAUGUUUAUAUAUACAAUUAUUACUUUUUUUUUUUAAAUAUAUGAUACAAACUUUAUCAUAUGAAAUAUCAAAAGAAUAUACUAAAAACUUUUUUUGUCAUACCAAGAAACACUUAUUGGUUUAUUUUUUAAAAUAUUAUAUAAUCGAUAAACAAGUCUGUAAAUUUUUAAAAAAAAUUUAUUUCAUUAUUUUAAAAUAUGCCAUCUAUAUGCAGAACAUAAACAUGGAAGAGGUGAGAAGCGAUGAACCAUAUGUAAAUAAAUAUGAUAAAUGUGAUGAAGAGUAUAUAAAGAAAGAGGAUAAAAUUGAACAAAAUAUAAAAAAAAAUAAUAAUACCAACAAUAAUAAUAAAAACAAUAAUAAUAAAAACAACAACAAUAAUAACAACAAUAAUAACAACAAUAAUAACAAAAACAAUAACAAUAACAAUAACAAUAACAACAACAAUAAUAACAACAAUAAUAACAACAAUAAUUGUAAUAGUUGUAGUUAUGAUAUAAACAAAUAUAAUUAUAUAUUAAAAGACCAAGAUGUAUACAAAAAUUAUUGUAAAUUAUUUUAUGAAUAUACUAUAAAUAAGUAUAGAAAAAUACAAACUUCAUUAACAGAAAACAUUAAUAUAAACCCGAAAGAAGAAAAGUAUUAUCAAAAUUUAGAUACACAAAAUAUAUAUUUAAAUAAUAAUAUAUCUUCUGAUUCAUUAUAUAAAAAUAUUUUUAAUGAUGCAAAUUGUGUAAAAAGAAAUUCAAGUAUAAAUAAAAAUAAUAUUUGUAUGAUUCAUCUAUAUUGUUCUAAUUGUGAAGAAAUAAGAAUUUUAUUUUUAUCGAUUAUUAAACUUUUAAGCUUUACACUUGAUCAUUUCCCCUUUUUUUUUUUCAUGUUGAAAAAUGAUAAAAAAGGAAAUACUAAUAAUGAAAUACAUAACAAUAUGUGUAAUGAUAAUAUUGUUUUUUUAUGUGAACAAAUAUUUUAUUUUUUAAAUAAAAAAAAUAUUUAUAAAAAUUAUUCCAAAAUGUAUAUCUCAUCAUACUACCAAAAAUAUUUCCUUAAAAUUUUUAUCAAGUUGUUAUAUUGGGAUGAACAAGAAACAAUGAAUAACUUACAUAAGUAUGAAAUAUAUAUUCUAAAAAAUAAAAAUAAAAAUCAGCACAAAAUAUAUGAUCCUCAUAAUAACAAUAUUAAUAACCAUACUAAAGGAUUAAACAACUAUACAAAUAUAUGUGAACAAAAAUAUAAUCAUAUAAAGUAUAAUAUGGAUAAUAACAUUAAUAAUAAUAUUAAUUAUAAUACUAAUGAGAAUAAGAACUAUAAUUCAUUUAACAGUCAUCAUGUUGAUAAUUAUAAUAUUAUGAAGAACGUUAAUUAUCAUAUUAGAAAUCAUAAUAACGUCUUUUCUAAAAACUUUACACAAGAUAAUAUAUUUUAUAUAAAUAACUUCCUGAAUUUAAUAUUAAUAAAUAAAUACAAAAACGAAUAUAAUAUUUUUACUAAAAUUUAUGAUAGAAUUUAUUAUUAUAUAUUAAUUGUAAGUAUAUGUUAUAAGGAUAAAAAUUUUUUAUCUCUUCUACUUUCUAAAUAUGAAUUAUUUUAUGAAGAGUAUAAUGAACUUUUACAGACAUAUUUAAAAUAUGUUAUAAAUAAUAAAAACCUUAUGAAUAUCAAAAAAAUAAAAAAUGAAAAAAUGAUACAUACAUUUUUAUAUAUUUUUAUAUCUUAUAUAUAUAUUUAUUUAAAUGAUUUAUAUAAUAUUUUUUUUACACAAAUAAAAAACUCACUAACUUUGCCUUCUUUCUUUAAUAAUAUAAUUUAUAUAAACUCAAUAGAAAAUAACAAACAAGGAUAUUCAUCCUAUAACACAACAAAUGAAGAGAUAACAAAUAAAGCAAAGAAGGACUUUAUCAUAAAUAAUCAUAAUACUAUUAUAAUAUAUACAAUUUAUCAAAAUCUAAUAAAAAAAAAAAAUAACUCCAAUCAGUUCUUGGAUAAUUAUAAUGACCAUAACAUAAAAAAUGUUGUCAUUAAUAACAUUUUUCAUAAUAAUAUUAUAUAUCUAUUUAUACUUUAUAUUAUAAAUGAUAAUAAAUAUGGUAUAAAACAAUAUAGGACAAGUCAUGAACAUAGUCAUUAUUCUUGUAAGACAAUAAGAAAAAAUUCUGAUAUAUUAUAUAAAAAGGAAGAUAUCAAUAUUCAAAGCAAGUUAACAAAACAAGAAAAUCAAAAUGAAAAAGAUAGAUAUUGUUUAUAUAACAAUAUACAUAAUGUAGACAACUCAUGUAAUAUCUACAAUACACAUAAUAUACAUAUCACAUAUAAUACACAACAUAAUAAACUAUGUGAAAAUUUAUAUUAUUCUCCUUAUGAUCUUAAUAAACAAAAUGUAAUAUAUUCUAAUUUGCACAUUGAAGAUAAUAAUAAAACCUUUAUAAAUAAAGUCACAAUAAAUAUUAUAUUAUUUUUCCUUUUAUUCUUUUAUGAUUAUUAUUCUAAUAAUUAUAAAAUCAAAGAAAAUAUAUUAAUACAAAUAUGUAGACACAUCAUAGAGCAUUUUUCCACUUUGUUUAAUCAGGAUUUUUUCAUUAUACAUGAAACGUAUAAAGAACUGAUGAAUUUAAAAAGAGAAAUGAAAAAGAAAACAAAUAGUAUCCAAAAAAAUAACCCUAUAAAAAAUUAUAUGACAAAUCUAAAAAGUAGUAAUGAUAGAAAUUUAAUUUUGCACAAAAAGCAAAACCAAUUACAAGAUCAAACAAAUAUUUCUACACGUAAAAAGUUUAGCAAUUAUUUAAAAAGGAAGAACAAAAAAAUUAUAUGUUCUUUUUCAAGGGAUAAGAAUAAAAAAAAUGUUCCUUUAAGAACUGAAUUGCAACCCGAAGCAAACGAUACAAAAAAUAAUACAAUUAUUGAAAAUGUUGAAAAUAUUAAAAAUGUUGAAAAUAUUAAAAAUAUUGAAAAUGUUGAAAAUAUUAAAAAUGUUGAAAAUAUUAAAAAUAUUGAAAAUAUUGAAAAUAUUAAAAAUAUGGAAAAUAUUAAAAAUAUUGAAAAUAUGGAAAAUAUGGAUUACCUUAUAGAUAGACAUAUAUAUAUACUUUUCAACAUAAAGGAAAGGUUUAAGAGAGAUAAGAAACUUUUAUUUUUAUAUACAAUAAAUUCCUUUCGAGUUAUACAAAUAUAUAACAACAUUUCAAAUAUAAUAUUUAAAUAUAAGUAUAUUUGUAUAUUGUUAGGAAAAUUACGUUAUUUUACAAAUCAAGAUAUAUUAAAAUAUAUUUUCCGUUGUAUACAAUAUUAUUGGAGUGAUAAGUUAAAAGAAGAAUAUUGUCAUAGAUCAUUAUUUUUAAAAAAGAAUAUGAAUAAUUUCGAUAUAGAAAUAGGAUAUUUUUCAUAUAUAUAUAUACAUAAUUUUUUUCAUUUUUUAUCUUGUUAUUUAUUAUAUGAUAUAAAUACAUUAUAUAAAUUUUGUUCUAAUGAAUUUAAUUGUAUAGAUAUUCUUAAUAAUUAUGUAGAAGAUUUAUUAAAGUUACAAAAUGAACAUGGAACAUAUAUAGGUAUGGUCAUAUUAAACUUUUAUUUAGUUGUUAUGAAUACAUACUUUUUUGACUUUUCAUUUUAUGAAAAGCAUUCACAUUUCAUAAAUCAAGAAACAAAUAAAGAUGAUUCAUUAAAUAGUACAGAUACCAAACUCAAACAAUAUGUAAUUAAUCAUUUCAAAAAUGAUAAAAGUAAAAGCGUUUUAGGAAAAAAUCAUGUACAAAAGUCAAAUGACCAUAUAACAUAUUACUCUUGUAUUAAAAAAUUAUACAAUCAAUUUAAUAAAUCAAAAUUUUUACAUUUUUUAGUUAACUACAUUAUAAAUAACAUUAACAAUAUAAAUAAUAACCAUGUUAAUGUAAAUAUAUAUGCAGAUGGAAAUAUAAAUAAAAAUACACAUGUUAAUGUUAAUAUUAAUAGUAAUGUUAAUUAUAAUGUUAGUCGUUGUAAUAGUCAUGUGAAUAAUUAUGUUCAUGUGAAUAAAAGCAAAAUAGAUAAAGAAAGAGACAUGAACAUUUUGUUUAUAUUAUUACAAUUUAUAAGUUACAAUAUGAUUUUUAUAGAUAAUAAAAAUGAUAUAUAUAAAUUAUCCAAUGUAUUAAUAAAAUUUUUAAAAGACAAAAAAAAAAAAGAAGAAGAAGAUAAUAUAUCAAUAUUAAUUUGUUAUUAUUAUAUUAUUCUUUUCUUCAAUUCAUGUUUUUUAAACUGUUCAAAUAUAGAUGAACGUUUAAUAAAUCUAUUACUUAAUGUUGAUAAAAAUGAUAAUUUCUGGUUUCAUUUUAUUUUCUUGUCACCCAAACAAAUGAAAAGAAUUCAUAAUCAAUAUAAGAAAGACAUAUUAAUUUUAAUAAAAUUUUCCAUUUUACAUUUGUAUUUAUUAUUGUUAAAAAAUAAAAACAUUUUUAAAAAAUCUAUAUUAUAUAUAUCAAGUGAUAUCAACAUCUAUUUUGUCUUUAUAUAUAUACUUAAUGAAAUAUAUGAAUACUUUAAAAAUAUAAAUAUAAUGCAAAAUAUCAAAAAAAUUGAACAAGUAAAUAAAAAUAAAAAUAAAAACACACAAAAAUACCAAAACCAAAACAAAAUAAAUGAUAUCAAUGUAUCAUCUAUAUAUAAAACUUCUAAUAUAAAUAAUAAUCAUUUCAUAAAUCAAAAAAAACUUAUAUAUAGUUAUAAUGAUAAUACAAUAAAAAAUGAUUAUUUAAACAAUACACAUAAUUUAUAUCAUACUAAUUAUACAGAACAAUUGAAGGAAAAAGAAAACAAAAAUAUGAAAUAUUUUUAUUUAUAUUCUGAACUCUUAGUUAUAUUAACUCAAAUUAUAAAAAUCUUAAAUAAUAAUGAUUUUAAUAAAUAUAUAACAAUUCAACAUAAUAAAGAUAAAGAAACUUUACUUACACAAUUUAAAAACCUAUAUUCAAAAAUAAAAAAAGAAUUAACAUAUAUAAAUGAAUUAAUUAAAUCAAUAAAAUAUACUAUACUUAUACACCCAUUAAUGAUUCAUAUACAUACAUUACAUCAAUUUUAUUUAUCAAUAUAUAUAAGAGAAUAUUAUUUUUUCCAUAAAUCAUUCUUUAAAUAUGAUAUCUUUAUGAUAGAUUUUCUACAUAUCAUUAAAAAUAAAAGAAAGACAUCCAUUUAUAAGGAAAAUAAUCAUGAUAAUAAAAAAAAUGAAGAUAAUACCAAAAUUGUGUUCAACCAAAACGAAUACAUAAAUAAUAAUAAAUUAAUUACAAAUAAAAAUGUAUCAAAUGCUAAUAUCCAUUUUCCCAUUAAGUCAAAUAUAUAUUGUGAAGAACAAAAUUGUUAUAAUAAAAAUAUGAACAAUGCUAAUACAACUCUAUGGAAGAAGGAACUGAAUAAAGAAAAAAUUAAUUUUUAUUUAUUUUUUAAUUCUCCUAAAAAUUAUAAUUUACAAAUAAAUAAUUUAUGUUCUUCAUUGAUACAAAAUGAAUAUCAUGAUUCUCUUAAUAAAUAUUUUUCCACAAUUUUUCAACCAUCAAAUGGUGACUCUUCAAGUAGUUUAAAAUAUGAUAAUGAGCAAAUAAAGAUAUAUGUUGACUAUAUAUAUGAUAGUGUUAAUUAUGCGUUAAAGUUUUUUAACACAAUAUAA